AUGGGAGAGUUUGUUGAAGAAAGCCUUGAAGGUCUUCUAUCGGUAUUUGAACAGAUUAGUGAGCUUCAACUCUUUACCAAUGAGGAGCUGAACACAUUCAUCAAACGAUGUCGUCAGUUUGAGUACCGGUUGAAUAAGAAACAAAAGAGUCCACGUGACUUCAAUUUGUAUGCAGAGUAUCUCUGUGAUUUUCUGAAUCUGUUGAAGCUUCGGAGAACAAGGGUUCUGAAGAGACGAAGAUUCAUCACAGAAGAAAGAGGCAGGCGAAGAAGUGAAGUAGAAGAGGAUUACUCUGAACGCGUCUACGACGGAGAAGUAGAUGACAAUAUUAUGAAUUUGAAUGUAGCAAAGGCCGUAGUAGAACAAGGAUUGUCGUCAGUUAAAACUCACGAUGCUGCAGGUAUGCUCAUGGAAAUGUGGCAAGAAUGCAACAAAAUUGAACUCAUACCUAACAUUGAAGACAUCCGGUCGUUUAUCGUAGAAGAGCUUAAGAAAUUUGAUAACGAGCACACUCGCUUAUUUGAGAUUGAACUCGCCUGCAACAGUGGAGUGUCCAAAUUUGAUAUGUUCGAUGAAGCGUUGAAGACGACCUCUACUGAAAAGAUGCACCGCCUUUACUUACGGUGGCUUAGUGAAUUACCUGAAGAAAAAGAUUGGCUUAAUCUCGAGAAGGAAAUUGAGACUGUUAAGGAAGAGUUUGGAGUGGAAUUCAUCAAAAAUUGCCUCGAGAGAAGGCCACAAUCUGCUGUAAUAUGGAACGUUUACCUGGAAAACUGCGUGGAUGAGGGAAUCAUUUCUCCGGAUGAGUUCAGGGAAACAUGUAAUCACGCUCUUGAUAAGGUGGAUCCAAACGACAGCUUUCCAAUUUGGCAACGGGCCAUCGAGUAUAGCAUUGUCCACGACCCAGCUGGCACCGAGAAGAUUUUUAGGGACGCUCUGAUAAACACGAACUCCAUUGUAAGGUCAAAGAUAAAGAUACUAUUUCUCGAAUAUUUGGAUGAAUUGUUCAAGCAGUCAAAAAUCACAGCUGAUAAGAUGCGAGAGAAAGUGAUGGAACUUGUGAGUAACAAACCAAACAGUGCAGAAUUCUACUGUGCUGUUCAUCUGAAGGAAUUGAAUCGACCGCAUCCUGACCAUAAGUUUGCUGGUUUUGUCAUCAAAUCGGCUGUGAACGAAGAAGGUUGUGCUUCUGUCGAGGCAGUAAUACUCUACGCAAAGUGGGCCUUGAGAUAUGAGCCAACGAAAUUCCAUGUUGUUCAUCAGAUAGGACUAAAGCUGUUCGAAGGUGCAUUUCUUGACGAAUUUAUGAUCCGGUGGACUCAGCUUUUGCAGAGCGUAGCGAAAGAUGUUCGUGAGGAUCAAAGCGGCAGCAUGUGUGAAAAUGCCGAUAAGGUAGUAGAAGGAGAUGCUGAAGGCGAGACGGGCGAAACGAAAGUACUAAGGAAAAGGCCACGAAGGAGUUAG